AUGGCAGAGAUCGCCCCUAGGGGCCUCGCCCCACCAUUCGGGGUGUUCGUAGAGGCUGAAGAAUCUGCUUUUCAGCUGAGCGCACACUUGCAGCAGUCAGAAGAGUUCCCGAAGGAAGGGGAGCUGGUGAUCCUCUAUGGUUCGAGGGAAAUGAUCAUUUCUUGCGUGCUGAAGAGGGCUGGAAUUCUCCGAACGCGACUCGGAAAUUUUAGCCAUGAAGAUAUCAUGAAAACGCGCAUAGGACAUAAAGUUUACGAACAACGUCAGGGAAAGUGGUUGGUGGUGCUGCGCCCCACCCCAGACUUACACACAUUGGCUCUUCGGCAUAGGACGCAAAUCAUUUAUCAUGCGGACAUAUCGCUGAUUUUGAGCCUUCUGGAUGUACGUCCCGGCAAAACUAUCGUUGAAGCAGGAACAGGAUCUGGGUCUCUGUCGUAUUCUUUAGCCAUGGCGCUGCGUCCGGGAGGCCGUUUGUUCACCUUUGAGUUUCACGAGCAACGAUGGCAGGAAGCGCGAGAGGAAUUUAAUGUCCUUGGGAUUUCGAGAGAAGUUCAGGCCAACCACCGAGACGUAUGCGCCGGUGGAUUCUGCCCGCAGCGAGUGCGUGCAGCAACACGCGCGUCAUCCGAACUACCUCAAGAGGCAGCACAGAACAACGAGGAGAAUUUGCCGGCGCCUCAUAUAGCUGACGGAGUAUUUCUUGACCUGCCUUCGCCGUGGCUUGCACUGAAACAUGCGGACAAGGUUCUCAAGGGGGGAGGCCGCCUGGUAACCUUCUCUCCCUGUGUGGAACAGUUACACAAGACCUUCGCAGCAGCGCAGGAACUAGGUUUUCAGGACUUUGAGGCUUUUGAGAUUCUUGCCAAGCCCUGGGGUGCCUGCAUAUCUCGCCCAGCACCGGACCAAAAGAAAAACGAGAAUCCGAAGAGGAAACGCGAUGCAUCAUCCCAGCGGCAACCCGAGGAAGAAGUCUAUGGGGACGCUCAGGAGCGACAAGACGGCCAGAGACAAACAGCUACCUCAUUUCCCGCCCUUCUAUCUCAUUUCUUGCAACAGCCUUCCUCACAGUCUGCCAGCUGGUGCAGUGCGGAUUUAAGCGCGCUUGGCGAUGUGGCGCCAAGCCCACCUAAGAAACCCUCAGAAAUACACUCUGCGGAACCGUCACGCAUCAGUAGCUAUCACUACCAACUGCCAAUGAAGGGGCACACUGGAUAUGUUACCUAUUGCGUAAAGCCCAGCGAGGACGAGAACUUGCAGCCACAGCCGUAA